GAAUUUCGGUCCUCACUUGAUGACACAUUGAUCAUAGCCAUUAUCGGCGACUAUGACUUGACAACCCAUUUUGACGAAGCCCGAGGCAUCCUCGAGGACUUGGCCCAGAACGCAACCGCAGAGGAGGGUCUGGGCUUCAACGCCAGCGGAAUCGGCAGUGAUGACCAGGAGUUGGGUCGCUGCGCCGAUGACCUGGCCGGCCUGGAGUGGCCCAGCGAUACCACCACCAACUCGGCCUCAGUUUCUGGCUCGAAUAGGUCCCCAGCGGACAUAGACAUCUCGCUCCAGACAGAAUGCAGCGACGCCCUAUCCGAGAGUUUCGCUGCUCUCGAGCUCCCCCAGGACGUAAAUGUGUCUGCCCUGGACGAGGACGGCAAGGUGGCCGAGCUGAAGACAAUGUUUGCAGAUCUGAGCGAUAUGGAUCUCAGGAUGACUUUGAAGAAGUUCAAGGGUGACUUUACUAAGGCCUGCGAGGAGCUGUUGAAUAUCCAGUACCUGGAGGAGCAAGGCCUUCGGCCAAAAGGCAUCGAGGGCGCCUUUCGUCUAGAUGGCCUUGUAGGCUAUAAAGGUAAGUCUCUUCAUACAGGUCGCUCCGAUGCGCCAAAGGACAAAGGCAAGAACCGUCUGAAUGUCAACUACAGCCUCACACCCCCCAACCUGUCUGAGGAAGAUGUGACGAUUGGAACGUCGACUACGUCUGCCUACAAGUCACAACGACUCCGCGGGUCGUCCCUCCCACGUGUAUCCACUAUUCCGAAUGCUGCGACAAAGGUCACUUACUCUGCGCCCGACUCCCCCGCCUUGUCGCCCACUGACUGGCAGACCUCUUUCCAGGCUGCUCAGCAGGCCUAUCGCCGCGGUGCCUCAAACAAGCACUUUCGUCCUGUCGCCGGCGUCCUGGCGGAGCGUGCUAGGGAGCAUAUCCGGGUUGCCAGGGCCGCUGACUCACAGAAAUACCUUGCACUGGUCGAUGAAAACUCCUCUGCCCAGCACAUCGACCUGCACGGCGUGCCCGUCGCGGAUGGCGUGCGCAUCGCGCUGGAGAGGACACAGUUGUGGUGGAGCAGCCUGGGCGAGAACCGGGUGAAAGCAGCCCGAGAGGAGGGCUUUACCGUUGUGACGGGCUUGGGCAAACACAGCGCUGGCGGCGUCUCGAGGUUGCGGCAAGAAGUCGGUGCUGCGCUUAAGCGAGAAGGCUGGCGUGUCAGGCUUGAGACCGGCCAGUUUGUGGUGACUGGAAAGACGUGA